GGGGCGUCAAAUUAGCCCGCCAAAUUCAAAAAGCCCGCAUAACCGUAUCUAGACUUGGCAACCCUGCAAUGCCCAGUGGCUCUCAUCCCUCCAGCUGAUACAGCCAACAAAAAUCCCUGAAAAUUUCCCCAGGAAAUUCCAUAGCCGAUUAUUGACGUCACGGGAGGACGAAGAAGAGCCAAUAUCAGCUGAUUCGUCGGCGGGUGUAGGUGAGCGAAGUAAUAAACCCGGAAAAUCAUUGACAUUUGUGCCAGCGAGAGGACUGUUACACCUGGGUGACUUAAAAUGUCGGCAAAUCCAAGUGAUCCAGAAAAUUCCCUCAAUCAAACGUGAAUAAUCGUGCUAUAUCAGUGCAAUAUAUCGUCAUCAGUGACUCCGUUAAUAAUGCCUGGUGAGCCUCCAGCAUCGGCUGCUGGAAAAUCCAGUGGCAAAGUUAAACGCAUAUCAAUACCCCGUGUCCAGAGCAGUACAGACACUGAAUUACAGUCGCAACUGAGCCAGAGUGGAUCAACACCCCUUCAGCCAGUAUCGCUCCACUACGUUAACUUCAAAAAUGACAAUGAGGAGACAUCAAUACCACCAGUUCUCCAAUCACGACUGCUAGACCUGUUUCAACAGAUUCAGAAGGAAUUCGAGAUGGUGUGUCUGGAGAACAUAGGCUUACAGGAGAAGAUUGACACUCUCAACGAGAGAUUGGAGAGAGAGUGCUACGGCUCGGGUGAACGUAGUUUGCCACCUGGUGAUUUGGCUGAUUACGUGGAUACCAAGAGCUCGAUCAAACAGAAAGCCCCAAUAGUCUCAUCAGCGCAGAAGAUCAAGACUGCCCACAAGCUGAAAGCCCAAACGAGUAAGAUAGUCUCCUCCUUCAAGAACCCAACCAUGUCCUGCACAAUGCAGCGUCAGUACGCGGGCCACAAAGACGGCAUCUGGGAGGUGACAGUGGGUCGCUCAGGUCAGCCAAUAAUAGCGACAGCCUCUGCCGAUCACACAGCCCGAGUGAUGGCAAUGGAGACUGGCAAGUGCCUCCUCCAGUACAUAGGUCACACUGGCUCCGUCAACUCCGUGAGGUUUCACCCCACGAUUGACCUGGCCCUCACCUCCUCCGGCGACUGUUCAGCACACAUUUGGCAGGCAGCUGUCAACUGGGACGCACCAAUGCGUCAAUCGUCUUCCGAGGAUCUCUCCACCCUGGACAGAACUCCCACCAAUGCGCCUGGUCUCAAUGACGAUCAGGAGGACACACCCACCCUGAGAACACCCUUGAGGGAACUUCUGGGUCACAGUGGCGUGGUCAUGGCCGCCGACUGGUUGCCAGGGGCCGAUCAACUGGUCACAGCUUCCUGGGACAGAACAGCUAAUCUGUAUGACACUGAAACUGGCGAUGUCAUUCACACACUCUGCGGACACGAUCAGGAAUUGACUCAUGUGUCCACUCAUCAUGCCCAGAGGCUUUGUGUCACAUCAAGUCGUGACAGUACGUUCAGACUAUGGGAUUUCAGAGAACCCAUACACUCGGUGUCGGUUUUCCAGGGACACACUGAAGCCGUCACUUCCGCCGUUUUUACGAGGGAGGACAAAAUAGUUUCUGGGUCGGACGAUCGGAGCGUCAAGGUCUGGGAGUUGCGUAAUAUACGCAGCCCAUUAGCUACUAUUCGGGGGGACAGUGCUGCUAAUAGACUCGCUGUUUCCAGUGCUGGAAUUGUUGCAAUUCCGCAUGAUAAUAGGCAAAUACGAUUGUUCGAUCUGACUGGACAGAGGCAGGCUAGGCUUCCAAGGACUAGCAGACAAGGCCAUCGACGAAUGGUGUGCUCAGUGGCCUGGGCAGAAGACUCAAAUGCAACUUGUAACUUAUUCUCCUGUGGAUUCGACAGACUUGUUCUCGGCUGGAGUGUUCUUCCCGUUAAAGAUGCUUAAUAAAUCCCCUAUUACUUCAUAUCACAAUAUGUUGAAUUAGCCUCGAAUAUCACUCUGUACUAUUGUAAUAUUUUGGGUAAAUGAGGGCAGCCACACCCAAGUUGAUACGUAAUUGUGUGCCAGUAAGCCAGCAGCUAGACCUAUCAGUGAUCCACCUCUUCCGCUCUCGCAGACAACUAGAAUAAUUAAAAAAUUCUAAAUUCAAUGAUUAAAAAAAAUAAUGACAAAGUGAGAAUCAAAAAUACAUAUGAUCGAAUAGAUAUGUUCAUUUUAUUCAUUAUUACUUUGGAUUGUACGUUGAAACGAAUGAUCAAAAAUACCAGAGAAUUAUCGAGGACAAAUAAUAUAAUUAAGUGAAAAUUCGUCUAGUCGCGUUUGUAGAAACUUUUGCACUGAAAUAAAGAAUAAAUGAGUUUUUGAAAAAUUG